AUUUAUUACGAUGGGUCAAAGAAAUGCAUUAUAUAAAGAAUGGAGGAAAGUGGCAACUCUUUCAAUUACCAAGUUCUUUCUGCUGCGAUUUAAGAAAGCAGAGGAGUAAGGAGAAGCAGAAACAGACAUGGAUUGUUGCGUGUGUACGACGAUGCCACUGAUACUAAGGCCUCCGAGGAAUACAAUAUGUGGUGCAUGUUACGAAGGAGUAAGGAGCAUAAUCAACAUGAUGAGCAAUUUCGAAACUGAGAAAGUAAAACCAACAAUGGCCAAUCCAAAUCCAAACCCUUCUCCAGUUUCGCGAAGAAAUUCGAGUAAGACACUUGAUGAUUGCAUAAGAUGGUGUUCAGAGCAUAUAGAAGAGUUUAAUGAACAGAAGGAAGACUUGGUUUUUCUGAGAGGCUUCGUUGCAGCCUUCAAAACACAGAUUCACACAGAUAUAUUGGUCACACCAGGAAGACACGGUCCACCUAUCCCCGCACAUAAGUCCAUUUUGGCUGCAAGAUCAGAAAUAUUUAAGAACAUGCUAGAGUGCGACGAAUGCAAAGAAGCACCGAGUAAGAGCAUAACUAUACCCGAUCUGAAGCAUGAAGAACUUGAGUGUCUUCUUGAGUUUCUGUACAGUGGAAGAUUGGGUGAGGAAAAAUUGGAGAAACAUGUGUACGCGUUGUCACAAGCAGCGGAUAAGUAUGUGAUCCCACAUUUGCUGAAACACUGCGAACGCUACCUUCUGAGUUCGCUAAGCACUUGCAAUGGCCUUGAGACACUUGAGAUUGCAGACACUUGUUCCAACCACAAGUUGAAGGAGACAACCUUGGAUUUCUUGGUUAAGAACAUUGACCGUGUUGUGUCCUCACCCAAAUUUGAAGCUUUUGUUCACAGGAGCCCGCACCUUACUGUGCAACUGGUUACAAGGGCCUUUGUCAAUGGUGCUAAAUGAUCCAUUUCUCUUUAUGUUUAAGAGCUACCGAUGCUUUAUUUUUUUAAAUUCAGCAGUGUAUUUAUUGCUCAGACCCAUAAAUGAUAGAGUAAUGAUAUUUUUGACAA